AUGCCCGCGCCACUGAACGGGCUUUCCAAGUCCAACACGCCAAAACCGCAACCCUCUUCAUACCGUUCCUCCAUCGGCAGCGUCCUAUCUCUCCCGCCAAAAUGGCUCCAAAAGUACGAAGAUUUCAUCACCAAGAACGGGAGCCAGGUCUCUCAGAUUGAAUCUGGCCUGAGGUCCCUCACAUACGUCAUUCCAGGUCGCUUUCGCGACGCCGAGAUAGCCUCCGAGACUGUCCACUCGAGCGUGCAGCUGCUGUCGCUCUACCACGACACCCUUCUCACGCGAGCCCUCUCACGGCUGCCCAUCACCAAAAUCCCAUCCCCACACAAUCGAUACACACAGUUCUGGACCCAACGCAACACCAUGUAUCGCCGCGUCGCGAUGCUCCUGCAGAUGGUCACAUAUACGCAGCUGCUGUGGGAGAUGGCAGCGAAACGAAAGGGUGGCAACCGUGGGCGAUGGCGCGUUGUCGUGCUCCUCGAAGCCAUCAAGGCUCUGUGCCGGCUGCUGCUGUUGCGCAUCACGCGCUCGCGGCCUCUUGUGACGCCGGUGCUCCCUGAGCGCGAGCCGGUGCCCGAAGACCCUGAGGAGCAGGCGGCCGCGGCGAACGAGCUCCAGCAGCUCAUCGGCGGUGACCCAGUGGAGGAUGUGGACGACGGCGUCAAGGCACACGAGAAGGAAUGGGCGAUGCCCAGGACUGGCAUGAACCUGCCGUCACUGCCCCGGCCCGGGGACAUCAGUAGCUAUCUGCUCGGCAAGGUACUCACCUCGGACGACAUCAAGCCCGCGCCUCAGCUGUUGAACCAGAUCCAGGGCCAGGCCCAAGCCGCCGAGGUGCUCCACAUUUUGGCGCCCCUCAUUUACGCUUUGGCGUUGGCGCGGAGUAAAGAUAGGGGGUCGUGGACGCCGUGGCUAGUGGGGUUGAGCGUCGAGUACGCCGCACGACAGCUACGGGAUCGCGGCUUCCGGACGACGCCACUCGAGCGAGACGAGUGGAACAAGAGGGCAUGGGCCAUGGGCUGGUGGACGAUGAGGGGCGCUUUCUACGAGAAGGUCAUGAAGGGCGUGGUGGGCGGUGUCAGGUCUCGGAUGCCCAGCAUAGUGGGAGGCAUCUUGGAAGACUACGAGUACUUGUGGGAAAACUACUACUUCAGCACGAGCGCGUAG